GUUAUUAUUGUGCUAUUAGAUAACGGUGACUAUACGCAACAUUAUUCUACACUUGGCAUCGUUUUGGUUAGUGUAUAGUGUCUAGUAAUUGUUUUUAUAACUAAAUGGAAGAAAUAAUUUUAAAUUCUGUCGUCAUUGAAAAUAAUGAAUUUUCCGAAGAAUUUUCACACGAAUCAGCUCUACUAGAUGUACUAGGAGAGUUAAAAGGUUUAAAAGGAUUGCUUCUUCAAUAUAUUUAUCGAACAUGGAAUAACAUGUGAAAGCCUUAAAUAUAUUAAUGAAAAACACUUACAAGACAUUUGUCCAAAAGCCUGUUAUGGUCAACGAAUAAUAUUUGAGCACCAUUUAAAAAAGUGGCAGGCAAACUUUGUUAGUUACCACUAGUGCUAGUAAAGAUAAUGCAUCAGAACCUUUAUCUGAUUCAGAAAUGUCUGAAUACUCUACUACAAGUUCAAAUAAUAGUUGUCCCAUUUCUUUUAUGAACCAAAUAAAUAUAGAAGAAAUAUUAAAUUCAUCUGGUAAAGGAAAUUUGAUAAUGUCAUUUUAUAAAAAAAAUUUAAAGCUUAGUGAUGAAUUAAGGAAAAUGUUGACUGAAAUAAUUACUGAAUAUAUGAUACAGCAUAAAAUUUAUGGUUCUCCUAAGAUCAUUAAUAAUAUUUCUGAUAGUAUCAUUAAUAUGUUUAAAUCUGAAGUUAAGGAAACAUACUUCAUUAGUGUGCCUGCACAAAAACCAAAGGGAAUAUUGUACCAAAAAUAUCAUAAUACAUUGACAAAAUUACGCAAACACAAAUUGUGGUCUCCCAUAAAAAAAGUAAAAAAAAGUUCUGAUAGUAACUUAGAGCAAACAUCUAUACUACAUAGGGCAACUAUAAAUAAUGAAUGUUUAAUUAAAGUAAAAAAAUGGCUUCAGUUUAACAUUGAGCCUAUGAAUGAAGUAAUUAUUAAAUGGGAAGAGACUUGUGAAAUUCGUAGAGAAUAUUUGUUGUCUCCAAGUAUUAACAUUAAUAAUAUUCUCGAAGAAUGGCCUAUGUACAAACAGUCAUUUGGUCACAGCUUGAUUGAUAUUGAUUUUGAAUAUAUAUAUGCUUCAAAAGGAAAUUCAUUGUUUGUUAAUUGGGAUCAUUUAUUAUUUAUUGUUAAGAUCAUUCCGUUAAUGAUAAAUAAAAUAAAGGAUGGAAACAGCAAAUUAUUACUUAAACGUUUAAUAGAAAUAAACGAAACUGAUAUUGAAACCAGAAAUCUUUUAGUUUUAGAUCUAAUGAAUGCUUUAUUAGUUCCAACUUCCAGAUCCUAUGAAAUAGAUUCAGUUACAAAUAAGAGACGCAUUGUAAAAACAUCUAUUUCUGAUGCUAGAAAUUCGUUUUUAUUAAAAGUGGCUUCAAUGAAUGAUCUACAUGUUCAAAUUCAAUUAAAAAUUGAUAUCGCUUACAAAAAAAAAGAAAAAAUACAACCAUUCAUCUGUGUUGCUGAAACUAAUUUUGAUGAUAUCAAUAAUAUUUAUGUGUAUUUUUUCAACACCUAUUAUAAAUUUUCAAACACAAUACGAGCAUUAGAUACAUGCUUUAAAAUUUUUCAAGUAUUUAACUUACAGUACCCCAUUCAAUCUAGUUUAGUUUGGACAUUUAUACAAAAAUUUAUUUAUGAUAUUCACAAUGAUUGUGAUAUUAAAAGCUCUUCGCUAACUUCAAUAAUCUCUGAUUUAACUAUAUAAGUUUUCAUAAUUAAUUUAUUACAUUANUUCAUA